AUGCCAUCGACGUCCCAAGAUCCGAAAGGGGCGGUCGCAUCGACGCAUGAAGAGGCGAGGCACGAGACGAGAUCGGGGGACGCCGCGGCAUCGUCUGACGAGGCACCACGCGAGCCCGAGGCAGAAGAUGGGGGGGAUGCAUCUCGACGGGACGAAGCCGAGGCGAACGGAGAGGAGGGUGAAGAGGCACAAGAAGAAGACCAGGACGAGGAUGGAGAGGACGAGGACGAGGGAGAUGGCAACCCUGGCCUGUCGUGGUUGCUGCAAGAUCACGAGGACGAUGAGGAGGAGGACGAGGACGAGGAUUACGAGGACGAAGGUGCAGACGAUGCCGCGGACGACGACAUCAGCGAAGACGAAGACGAUGAUGCCAAACCAGUCGCGUCCGACGGGACCAAGAAGAAGAGAGAGAGGAACGAGGGGGAGCCCAACGGCGCCGCCCAGGACGGCGAGGACAGCAAGAAGGCCAAGAUCGACUCGUAA